AUGUCGACCGACAGGAAUAUUCAAUUCCGCAUUGCAACGCUAGAGGAUGCACCACGACUCCAGCAGCUGAUUCAAACCGCAUUCCGGGCAGAGGACAGCAGGCCCCAGUGGACAGCGGACAUGUCUCUUGGCGCAAGCUUUACUGUCAAUGUUCAAAAUGUCAUCAACCAGAUCAACAAGCCCGAGGGCGGGAUCCUAGUCGCUGUCGACGGCAAUGACGGCGCCAUUAUUGCUUCCAUCGAGGUGACCCGUCGCGGCGACUUUGGUCGCCUGUCCAUGAUUGCUGUCGAACAGCGUUUCCAGCAGGCCGGGCUUGGGCGACGCGUACUGGCCCGCGCCGAGGACUACUGCCGCCAGACCUGGGGCGUGGACAAGUUCAGCCUCGAUGCUCUUUCGACGCGAGAGAGGCUGAUUGAGUGGUACGAGCGACAAGGCUACUGCAAGACGGGCGAGCUGACGCCAUUCCCGGUCCGCGAGAUCGAUGGCAGGCCAGUGGGCGACGAUUUGUGCUUUGUGCAGAUGGAAAAGACGCCCGCUUGA